AUGUCUGCACUUGUGUCGUCGCGAGGAGCAGCAAGUUUAGACCCCGACAACAUACUACCUACUUCAUCACAGAUAUCCAGGCAAAGUCUGCUCUCGGUGGACAAGUUUCGCUAUCUCGAUGUACCUGAGCUUGACGAAAUUAUGGUAUACGACGACUUUGAAUGCACAUUUAGAUGCCUUCAGCAUCCUCUGUGUGUUUCCGUGAACUUGGCUGCUGAAGGUGAUUUGUGGUGUGAGUUGCUGUCUUCUGAUAAGUACAGCAACCCCAAUGAAUACAAAGAAAAAAAGAGUUCGCAUCACUAUUUCUUUGAGAGUGCUUGUGCAAAAAAACCCUGCAAGAACAACUCCACUUGUCUAAGCGGUUUUAUUGACAAAAGAGAUAAGUGUUUAUGUUCCGCUGGAUUCAAGGGUCGGACUUGCGAUGAAGACAUAAACGAGUGUAUCGAAGGAACAUCCGAUUGCAGUGCUGAUGCUGUGUGCAACAAUAUUAAGGGUUCCUACAACUGUACGUGUAAACCAGGAUAUUCUGGAGAUGGACGGACUUGCGAAGAUAUCGAUGAGUGUGCUACAGGAAAACAGAACUGCAGUGCUGAUGCUGUGUGCAACAAUACUAAGGGAUCGUACAACUGUACAUGCAAACAAGGAUACUAUGGAGAUGGAAAUAUCUGCCGUUCGGCUUCGACGUGUAAAGAAAUUUUCGAGCGGAAUGUGUCGAAAAAGAGUGGCGAGGUUACCCUGCACUUAGACUCGAAGCCAGUUUCUGUUUUCUGUCAUAUGGGAGACUUUGGAUGCGGAAAUGGGGGAUGGACACCGAUCAUGAAGAUUAAUGGCAGUAAGCGUACCUUCCGUUACCAUUCCCAUUUCUGGAACGACAAAGAGACCUAUCAAGAUGCUGCUGGCAAGAAUGGCUUCGACUUACAAGAAACAAAGCUACCAACUUACUGGAAAACACCCUUCUCCAAGAUCUGCCUCGGUAUGAAGAUUGGCCAACAACUCAGGUUCAUCUUCAUCAACAAGACAGCCGAAUCUUUGUAUUCAUUGAUCGCUGACGGGAAAUACCGCGCCACUUCACUGGGUAGAGACACGUGGAAGAAGGUUGUCGGUUCGCAAGCCUCCUUGCAGCAAAACUGCAACAAGGAAGGGUUCAAUGUUAAAGGUGGUCCCUCAGAAGCAAGAAUCGGCGUCAUUGCUAACCAGGAAAAUGACUGCUUCACUUGCGAUUCUAGAAUCGGGUUUGGUACAGGAGGAGAUAAUUCGUGCGGAAAUGUAGCAACACACAAGCCUGAUAACGGAAACAAGCACAUCAGAGCCAUGGGGUACAUCUUGGUGCACUGACAAG